AUGGCAGAGACUCUAGACAAAGGUGGAAAGCGUUUUUUGUGUUCCUGCCGCUUUGCCUUCAUUAUUGUCGCAUUCUUUGGCGCUAUGAAUGCAUACGCACAGCGUGUAAACAUGAGUGUAGCUAUCGUAUGCAUGACAGACACUUCGAACGUUUCAAGUAGCGAGAACUGCAUUCAGUCAAUAGCAGGAGUAGAAAAUAACAACUAUACUUGUGAAAACGAAACGAUGUCAAAACAAGAUGAUAGGUUUGACUGGGACAAAAAGACUCAAGGAAUAAUAUUGGGUUCCUUUUUUCUUGGCUAUGUGCUGUCACAAAUACCAGGUGGUUGGUUUGCGGGAAAAUACGGCGGGAAACUCUUGUACGGAUGGAGCAUGUUUCUAUGUGCUACUGCAACCCUGCUCACGCCCUUGGCAGCACGCACAAGUGUUGUUCUGCUUAUAGUUAUGCGAGCUAUUGCUGGAAUAUGUCAGGGUGUAAUGCUUCCUUGUCUACACACAUUGCUGUCUUUCUGGAUACCGCCGUUACAACGAAGUACAUCCGUUGGUUUUGUCUACUCUGGCACUCAGCUUGGUGUAAUGGCAGCAUUUCCCCUCUGUGGUUUCCUGUGUGUUGACGGUUUUGAUGGCGGAUGGCCUAGUAUAUUCUAUGUUUUAGGUUCCGUUGGUGUAAUAUGGUUUUGUACUUGGAUGUUUGUUGUGUCAGACACCCCAGUGUCACAUCCCAGGAUCUCUGAGAGUGAGAAAGAAUACAUAAUAGACAGGCUGAAAUCAGAGUUAGAUAUAAAUAAAAAGUCCUCCUCGUGUACGCCUUGGUCAACGAUAUUCACAUCAUUACCUGUGUGGGCAAUCAUUGUAACGAAUACAUGUGCUGAAUGGGGAACAACCACCUUCCUGACAAACAUUCCGAGCUAUAUGAAGGAUGUUUUACACUUUGAUAUCCAAAAGGCCGGAUUUCUGGCUUCACUGCCGUACCUAGGAUUCUGGAUCGUUGCCAACAUUUCAGCCAAUUUUGCUGACUUUCUUAUGAAACGAGGCUACAUUUCAACUACGACAGCAAGGAAAAUCUUUAACAGUAUAGGCAGUAUCUUACCGGCACUGCUUAUAGUACUGCUUGGAACUGUGGCUGACGACUCGGUCAUUGCCGUUACCAUGCUGACAUUUGGGUUGGCUAUGUCUGGAUGCAUGUAUGGGAGUGGUUUUGUGGUUAAUCCUGUUGACAUUGCACCAAGAUAUGCUGGUAUCAUUCUAGCAAUUUCAAACACAACCGGUUCAUUUUGCAGCUUUUUCACACCAUUUGUGAUUGGAAUAAUAACAGAAGAUAAAACACAAGAACAGUGGAAGACAGUCUUCUAUAUUACAGCCGCAGUCUACACAUUUGGAGCAAUAAUUUUCGUCAUGUUUGGGUCGGGUGAAUUACAGCAUUGGGCACGAGAUGAGAAAGAAGAACGUGAAAUUGUUGUAAUGGACGAAAAAGCAAAGGUUGAAGUAAAAAAGGUUGUUGGUGAAUAGAUUGCGUUGCUAUGAAUAUCCAAGCAGUAUAAUAUGUAAUUUAAGAAGAAAGACUUACGAAAUAGAAUAAAGUAAUAUAACAAACUAAUAAGUACAUGCAGUCACAUCUUUCUCUUCCUGUCUAAAUUUUUCACACAUCAUAGUUCACAGAAUAGAUACCAAAUAUAUACAAGCAAUAUCCAUGCGUAGUGAUUAUAAAUGCAACUACAAAGUACAAAAUGUACAUUAUGGUGGAAUGUGUCAUUCAUUGGCCUAUGGUCAUAGCUGUGUAUUGCAGAGAAAAAGUGGCUGUUGUAUUGACAAUUUAAAGAAUGCGUUCAAGGUAGGCCAUGUUAAGAUAUAUAAACAUUUUGACCGUUCGACCUUAAAGAGUAGGUAUGAUGCAGUACUGCUACAAUAUUACAACACUCAGAUUAAGUUGUUACAUGUGGUGGCUGAUUAGUGCCAUUUCGUUAUUUCGUUCUGUUUCAGCGGCACAACGACAAACGUCGUUAUGGCGCCCCACCGAACGUUGUUAUUGCGCCGACGUUCGGCGGGUGACAUUUGGCUGGGCGACAUUCAACGGGGCAACGUUCGGUUGAGCGACAUUCGUCGGGGCGACAUUCGGCGUGGCGACGUUUGGCGGGGCGAUAUUCAGACGUUUGUCUUUGAGCGCUGUGACAGAACGAUAUAUAGAAAUGGCACAAAUCAGCCACUGUAGUUACAUGAAUGUAAGGUUGAUAAAAAUAUUUUUAUAAAUCUACUCGGGAAAUUGGGGUUAGUCAAACUAAGAAUAAAACGUAUUCCACAAUAAAAUACACCAGAUGAUAAAACUGUGCUCUAGUCUAUUUAAGAUGUGUUAAAUAAAUGGAGAUAUGAUUUUAGUUCUCUUAUUUUGUAAAUGUUGCAACUUAUGAUGUGAAUGCAUAUGGUUAUUUCCACAAGUCUUUUAAUGCAUUUAAGUUACAAAAGCGAUAUUGAAAGCAAAGUGUGGCUCAGGUUGUGCUUUGGGGAGGCUUUGGGGAAGCUGCGCUUUAAAACGUGGCGUUGUGUGUAUAAGCAAGAUGUUUGGAGAUGAAAAAUCACGGUCCUAUAUCAAUUUGUGAUAUUUAGUAAAUUAACACAAAAAGUUAUGUAUUGUUUAUCUUUGACAUAGAAUAUGCUUAUUAAUGUGUUGUUUGGAUAUUUUCUGUGAUAUUAUAGUCUGCUGUAAUUAUAAUUUUAUAAUGGCCGUAUACAUUUUAUGUUUGUGUACAUUUUAUUAUUUUUAUUAUUUGUGUGUACGUUGGUGAGACUAUAAUAAAGAAUAGAACUUAAAAUCUCAAUAUCUCUCACCUCAGUGCUAAAUGUUAUUGUUUCAAAGACUUUCCCCUUGCAUUUGCGCUCCUUUUUGCAUCCC